CGUAUCGCAGCAGCUUCAAGGUAAAAUCUGCAUCAAAAUGUUGCGCAAAAAGUUGAAACUGGCCGAUCAACCGGAAGUGAACCCGUGUGCCACCAAUCACCCAUUAGAAUUCUCAUUGAGUUCAUUCAUCAACGAACCGAAACCGAAGCUUUCGUCGAUCGCCCCACCACCCGCAUCCGCUUUGACCUCAUCUCAUUUCACCAUCGACUCCGCCGAGCAUAAACCAUCGGAAAUUGGAAUCCAAUUGGAAAUCAUUCCAAUCUGGAAACGCGUGUACCAGCUGGAACUGCAGCUGUGCGAAGCCCUCAAGCAGAUAACUCUGCCAUCGGAAGUGGCAGCCACGUACAAUCCCAUCGAAUAUGCUGCCGGUCUUCAUUUGGCUUACAUGGAACGCUUCCUGAAUGAUGGUCACAAACCGGUGCUCUUUCUCGGCAUGAACCCCGGCCCGUGGGGAAUGUGCCAGACCGGGGUUCCAUUUGGAUACGUGCCGGCGGUACGUGAUUGGAUGCAACUACAGGGACCGGUAGCGAAACCGAUAGGGGAGCUAGCCGUGCGACCGGUGGAUGGACUGAACUGCACCCGUGGCGAACAGAGCGGACAACGCUGGUGGGGUCUGUAUCGGGAGAUUUGCGGAGAACCGGAGAACUUCUUUCGGAAUUGUUUCGUGUUCAACAUUUGCCCGUUGGCGUUCUUCCACUCCAGUGGAAGGAACAUCACUCCGGCAGAGCUGAAGGGAGCAGCCAAGUCUCGCAUGCAGGAAAUCUGUUCCGAGUACCUGAAGAAAGCGCUGGACUUGUUCGCUCCGACCGUCAUCGUGUCCAUCGGCCGGUACUGUGAGGACCGCGUCAAGCUACUGGUUAGGCAAAACCUGCUCGAUCCGAAUCGCGUCAGGUUGCUCUGCAUGCCCCAUCCGAGCCCCCGCAGUCUGAACAAUACUAACUGGCCCGAGAAGGCCCAACAGUGGCUCGUGGAUAACGGUGUUAUGCCGUACCUGAAGGCGUAGGAAUUGCAUUCAGCAUUUUCCAAGAUAAAUCGAUCUCCUAAUUGGCAAUAGCAGAGAGUACAAAUAAUUUGUGUUGUGUGUGUGCAAGAGAGAGAGAGAAUG